GCCGGAAGGGGGAGGAGCCGAAAAGCUCUGCGCUAGGAUGCAGUAGGCGCAGUCUAUAUGCCCCCUAUUCUUUAUUUCAGGGUGUCGUUUGUUUAUUGCGACUGCGCCGGCGAGCAGCCUUGCCCAUACGCCCGCUCCGCAGCGCGCCUGCGCGGCAGUCCGCGCCCUCCCGCCCAGUUGCCGCGCCUGCGCAGUUUUGCCCUUGUCUCCUUGCUCUCCUCAGUCAGCUCCUGUCUGUUGAGAGGGGAGGUCGCUUUCAGUGGAGGAACCUGUCGCUGGGGUGUGUUUUUUUUCCGCCACCGCCAUCGACGAAAUGGCUGAGCCCGCCACCCAGUCCCCGUAUAUUUCUUCCUCCGCUGGGGGAGGCUCCUCGGAGCCGGGAGGACGAGACUUCAAGGGGGCAGGUUCCCCGCACCCUUGCGCUGAUUCCUUUGUUUCUUCCUCUCAACCUGUCUCUCUCUUUUCGACUUCACAAGCUGGAGCUCAAGCUGCUUAUUUAACACAUUCAGGAAACCAGAAGGAAAUAAAUGGCCAAUUAGCACUCUCAAAUGUAGGAAAAGAAUUUGCAGAUGACCAAAGGCAGGAUCAUAACCGUGGGACCAGUGAAGGUUUGGGAGUAGGGCCAGCUUCUGAAGGAUCCUCUGGCCUAGAGGAAUCGUCACUCUCUAUUGGAUCUAAAGUUCACAGUUGUGGACCAGUGAUGCAGGCUUCUUCCCUGACACAUAAUGACUUUAAGGGAGGGGCCUCCCUAGAUGGAAAAGUCGAUCUGAGUGGAUGUGACCAACCCAAAAAAACAACUUCAAGUGGAGAGUCCAAAUUUUCAUUGCCAACCAACCCAAAUGCUGAAUCCGAGCAGUCUCCACCCAGAAUCGAAUACUCACAUUCCCCAACAUUCCCCACUGGCGACACCCUUGCGGAGAAAGAUUCCCCCGAGUCUCCAUUUGAGGUCAUUGCUGACAAACUGGAAUUUGAUAAGGAAUUCAAAGAUGUCCUUCCAAGCAACUCCAACGAUAUUGGUAGUAACUGGGUCAUGCACAGCGAAAGGGAGCUGCUGACAGACAUCCCAGAGGACAGUGUCUGUGAGUUUCGGGUGAAGCCGCGUGGUGGGAGCAGAGUUCCGUCAGGGCCUGGGCUCUCACGCCAGUCUUCAGGCACGACAGCGGCACUGGAAGAAGUAUCCAAAUGUGUCCGGGAGAUGCACAGUUUCACGAAUGAGCUGCUCAACUGGGAUUUGAUUCCCAAGGAUCUAGAUGACAAGCCCGAUGGCUUUGUCAGCUCGGGCUUUUCAGCAUCGCCCACCAAAGAGACAGAUGGUGUUGUCGCAGGGUUGGUAGGCAGUAAGGUGGAAGUGGGCAAAGCUUCCACCCCUUAUCAGCCUCUCACAAUCAGUAUCCACCAAAAAGGCAGGCCAUCUCUGGAGGUGGAAGAGAAACCGGCCGUUGACAGUCGAGAGGCAUCUGUUGUGAAAAUUGUUCCAACCGCUACAACAGAGCUGAAGACAGACGUCCGUUGGCCAAAUUCUGCCCUACCUGAAAUGGCCGACGCCGACAGCUCUGGCGACUCUGACGACACUGUCAUAGAAGAUGCUACAGUGAUUCCAGCCUUCCCAAAUGAGACGGGUGCAGGCAACAGCAAGGCUCUCCCAAAGCUUGUUGACUCUGUCAAAACAGCAACUGUACAUAUAGACAGCAAAGGGGCAUCUGACAAGCUGCACAAAUCCAGCCAAGAAGGCAGAAUCCCUUCCAAGACCCUAGAAUGCAAUUGGGGAUCCAUUGAUGACUUUGAAGCCAUCCAGGCCAAGACCACUGUUCUCAGAGGAAGCCCAGUUUCUGCCCCUCUGCCUCUGAAACGGACCACUCCUGACCUGCCUGCUAAAAUAGGGCAGGGAGGCCUCCCCUUGGGCAGUGUAAAAGAGGCUGUGUGUCCAGACCCUCAAAAUGGGGAGAGCUUUAUGGACUUCAUGAAGGAGUGCUUAAAAUCCAAAGGGAGCGAAUCUCCAGAAGACCCUGUCGAGACGUUCUCAGAGGCAGAGCUCAAAGCGGCCAGAUCCGAAGUGGUGGCUCCGCAUUCCCAGCAGCCACCCAAGGUGGCUCAGGACUUUGAGCAAGAGCACCUCACCAUCAAGGCCCUCAAAGAAGCCGGUAGGAAGGCUGAGAUGGAGAGGCAGUCGCCUCCGCCGAGCACGGUCCCUCUGCCCAGAGGGAGGCAGUGCCGCGAGAUGCCGCCAGAGCCCCGGGGGCCUGCCCAGAAGUCUGCCUUGGAGAAGAGGCCCCUCUGCCUUGAGCAAGCUGUGGGUGUGAAGCUGGCUUCUUCCACCGCUGCCCUCGGCGGGCACCACACUCCCAACAAACCUUCCCAGCCACCUCUGCCGUGCACUCUUACAAAACUACUGGCUGCUUUUUCAGUGCGCGACCUGAUCUUCUGGCGGGAUGUGAAGAAGACGGGCCUCGUCUUCAGCACGACAUUGAUCUUGCUGCUCUCCUUGGCCGCUUUCAGCGUCAUCAGCGUCAUCUCGUACCUCAUCCUGGCCCUCCUGUCCGUCACCAUCAGCUUCCGAGUCUACAAGUCUAUCAUUCAGGCCGUACAGAAGUCCGAAGAGGGGCACCCUUUCAGAACUUACCUGGAUGUUGAUAUUGCGCUGUCCUCCGAGGCUUUCCACAACUAUGUAAGCGCUGGUAUGACGCACAUCAACCACGCCCUGAAGCUCAUCCUGCGCCUCUUCCUGGUGGAAGACUUGGUGGACUCGCUGAAGCUGGCAGUGGUCAUGUGGCUGAUGACAUACGUUGGGGCCGUCUUCAAUGGGAUCACCCUCCUUAUCCUUGCGGAGUUGCUGGUUUUCAGUGUCCCAGUUGUUUAUGAGAAGUACAAGACUCAGAUCGACCAUUAUGUCGGGAUUGCCCGGGAUCAGAUCAAGUCAGUUGUAACAAAGAUCCAAGCAAAGCUUCCCGGAGUGGUCAAGAAAAAGGCAGAAUAACCUUGCAAGAAACCAGGAUCCAGCUGUUAAUCCUAAAACAAGACAAAAAAAAAAUACCCUUUGUGUCAUAGUUAUAACCAUUGUUACUUGUACCUAUGAAGAGACAUGCCGAAUCAGCUUGAUGCUUGCAUUCCAAGCUUACUGAUUAUGUUUUGGUUUUUUUAAUUCCCUCUCCCUCCAGACUUAAAGGCGGGGCUCAGAGUGCACUGGACUAAAACACGAACUGGUGUCCGAAGUUUAAAAGUGGUGAUGGGGGGGGGGGUACCCCCUGGCUUUCAAAGCAGCUCUGGCGUCCUGCCUUGGAUGGAACGUUAUGUAGUAAGCCAUUGAAAAGUGGGUGCUCUUUUCUCGUUAGGAAGGUGCUUUCUGCUCUAAGUGAACAUUUGUGUUGCUAAAUCAGCUCAGUAGGCUGACAUAGCUGCCUGGUAAAGGUAGUCUGUUUCUCCUCCCUCCCCCUUGUUCUCCUCCCCCCCCCUUUUUUUUUUUUAAUGACAGGAUUUGCUUCAGGUGCAAUGUUCCUAGUUUCACUAAGGCAGAAUGUGUCCGUCUCUUACCAGGCUCAUCCCUCAUUCUGCCAUGGAUUAAUUAACCUGAAGCAAGAGGACCAGGUUAAGGAAGCUUUGAAGUGCCAGCCAGUUUCUCUCCACUGCCACAUGUCCCCCGCUGAUGGAAAGGGGGAUUCUCCACCCUCCCCAUCUCCCUUAAUGACAUCAGUUCUGUCCGGUUCGUCGGGUUCGUCUUCUGCCUGCCUUUCUCCCCAAUCAUCCAGCCACAAAAAUCAGUUCCUCCAAACUCCUCCCCAUUCCUUAACUUCACCCCCAAGAUGAAUAAGGUUGUACUUUCCCCCCCCCUUACUCUUGAAUGAAAAUGUCUGUGACUGCUGUACACUCUGCUGUGAAAACAAAACCCAAGCUGGUGGGGAAACCUAAGCAUGUGGCUCUCCAGCCACCCUACUAUCCAGUUCUGGGGUGGGGGAGCUGCAGAGCAGUGGCACACACCCUGACCCCAGUCUUUGUCUUCCCCCCCCCCCCGUUCCAGCCACCCACUGGCCUGCAGGGAGCCACAGUUUUCUAGGAAGGCAGCUGUUGCGGUUGCAGGACGACCCUUGGAGACCUUUGUGCCCUAGUGUGCAUUUCCAGUUUUAGAAAGACCCUUAGGGAGCCAAGGAUUGUCUUGAAGAGUCUUGCAGUUUUUAAAACGCUAGUUUGUGUGUUUCCUGUUCGGUAAUGAAGCCUUGUUUUAAAACAGAAUCUGUCAGAAUGCCGUCAUGGCGUAUCGCCAGCCCCUCCCCCCCCCUGCAGCAAGGGAAAAUCGUACUCCCAGCAGCUAUUGCUAACUUUAGUUCUUUUUCUGGUGAAAGAGGGGACCAUGCAUAGCUGGAGGAUUGACUUGGAAUUCAGGUUGAGCAAGGUGAGCCCAUCUGACAAGGCUGAGCAAGGGCAGCUGGGAAUAAAGAGUCAAACUGGCCGCUUAAAAUGGAAGGGGCCACUUUCUCUCCACUAGGGUGGUGGGUCUCCCAUGGAAUGUACCUGGGGAAAGGCUAUGUAAAGUCUUCCUAAUAUGCCCCCAAAAGGCAGCCUGUGCUGCAGUCUAGUCCGGGGACUUUCUAGAGUUGGUCUUCCUCCCCGCCCCCUCAACCACCUUGUCAGGCUGCGAUUUGUAGGCUUACUGUUUUUCACGUCGUAACUGAACAGGUGGAGGGUGUUGCUGAAAAUGGGCACAAGCAGAGCGCCAGGCCAACGUGGCUGUUAAGAACCACCCGCCCACGCGUUGCCUGCCGCCCUCCUUUUUGGUGCAAAGCUCCUGUUGGAACGCCCCCACAAUGGCAGGGCCCCGCUGUCUGCAAGGCUGACAAAGAGACGAGAAGAGCGUAAAAGCCAACAAGAGGUUGUGUGGCUUGGGGGAAAAGACCCUAAGCAAUUUGAGCUGUGUGUUUGUGUCUUGAAUGGGGAUUAGGAGAAGCAGACCUUGGCGAGAGUCGCAUGAGUGCCUGAUGGGCUUCUGCACCACCCCGCCAUCUCAGCCUGAGGAGGCAACUUGCACUGUCUUGACCUGGCCCCUCUCCCCCCGCCCCCCUCAAGGACCUCUUCUCUGCACUGGAAGCCGUUGGCUCAGCUCUUACAUCUGUUCUGUUAACUGCUGUGUGAACUGUGAACCGACCUCUUUGUGCCUGGCAGGCUUUUUUUAAAAAAAGAAAGAAAAUGGCAAAAACUACUAAGGAAGUUCUUGCAUUGGUGUGCGUUUGUUGGUAUACAGCAUUAUUGUGAAAGUAUGGUAGUGCCGUGGGUACAGGAGAAACCUGGUGUGCAAGGUUUAAAAAGAGGACUGGGUUGUAAAUGCAAUUUGAUGUGGUAUUAAUAAAAAGAGCACAAAAACUUAUAAAACUCCA